CGUCACCGUUUGAUGACGAAUGGCAGAAAAAGACCAGGAUGACAAGUUUCCAGAUGAGUGCGCAGGAGGAAAUGGUGGAGAAGUUCCUGAACGCCGCAGCAAGAGGAGAUCUGACCCAGGUGUCUUCUUUUCUGUCCCACAUCCCCUCGCUCAUCAACAAGACCGGAUACAGCGGCUGGACGGCGCUGAUGCUUGCAGCUCGCAACGGCCACCACCACGUGGUGGAGAAGCUGGUGUCCCUCGGUUGUGACAAGUUCUCCGUAAACAGUUCAUCACAAACUGCCUACGAUGUCGCCAAGUUCUGGGGCCACCGGCACAUCGGCAGCCUGCUGAGUCGCUCAGAGGGCAGCUGCCGGCGCGUCUUGCCGGGCGACGACUUCGGCCCGCAGGAAAACUACUUCAGCAGGGAGACGCUGGACCGGCUGAGUGGAAGGAGGUCUGACGAGGUCUGGUUAGAGGCCAAACAGAAGGACCCUGACACCGUCUACCUCCUGUUCUCCAACCUCAGCCCAAUGGUCAGCACGUCGCAGGACGACAACGACGGGGGCGACAUCAAGCUGUGUCGGUUCAGAUACGAGGAAAUUAAAGAGUUCCUUCAAAAACCUUCUACCGUGCUCAUCUUUCUCGGAAUGGAGAGGGUGAAGAAUCCCCCCUCUUCCUCCCAGACGGAGGAGGGUACCGGCGAGCCCCCUGUUUGGUUCGCCAUGAGCACAGAUGAAGACCCUGCUGAGCUUCUGAGACGCAGCAGAGAAAAGACCUGCUUGUUCCCAAAGACUCCGAACAGAGACCUGCUGAAGUUCAGCGAGGAAGAGGCAGGCGUUGUGGCGCAGGCUCGAUCCGUGCUGGCCUGGCACAGUCGCUACAGUUUCUGCCCCACGUGUGGCAGCAGCACCCGCCCGGAGGAGGGGGGGUACAAGAGGAGCUGCCUGAACUCUGAGUGCAGGAGCCAGAGGGGGGUCCACAACACAUGCUAUCCACGAGUCGACCCGGUGGUCAUCAUGUUGGUGAUCCACCCUGACGGAAACCAGUGUUUGCUGGGAAGGAAGAAGGUCUUCCCUGCAGGGAUGUUUUCCUGUCUCGCAGGAUUCGUGGAGCCUGGGGAGGCGAUCGAGGAGGCGGUGAGGAGGGAGGUGGAGGAGGAGAGCGGCGUGAAGGUCGGUCCGGUGCAGUACGUCUCCUGUCAGCCCUGGCCCAUGCCCUCCAACCUCAUGAUCGGCUGCCUCGCUGUUGCCAUUUCCACCGACAUCAAGGUGGACGAGAAGGAGAUGGAAGAAGCUCGCUGGUUUUCACAGCAACAGGUGAUUGAUUCCUUGUUCAGAGGAGCCAGCCCGGCUUUCUUCGUGCCCCCCAGACAGACCAUCGCCCACCAGCUGAUCAGACACUGGGUCGGUGUGAACUCUAACCUCUAACUCCAAACUUUGGAGCCACGAUGAACCCCAGACUGAACUGAAACAUCUGAUUCAGGACAACAAGCCCUCUGAUGUUAACCCAUUAGGAUCUGGAGAUCGAGUCACGUGAUGCUUCAAUAUUUCUACUGGCUCACAGGUGGAAAACGCUAAAGACGAACUGUGCAAACAGGUCUGAGAAGUUCGUACAUCAAAGGUGGAGAAGUCCUGCACACCAAGGAGUGAAAAGUAACAUUUUAUA